UUUCGUAUGUGUCAGCCGCUUCGCCUUCUUCUUCUCCGUCGCCGCUCGCUGUAGACAGGAGCAACAGAAAAUGGCGGAUACGAAGGCUGUCACCAUCCGGACCAGAAAGUUUAUGACCAAUCGCCUCCUCUCCAGGAAGCAAUUCGUCAUCGACGUCCUUCACCCCGGAAGAGCCAAUGUCUCCAAGGCUGAGUUGAAAGAGAAACUGGCGAAGCUGUACGAAGUGAGGGAUCCCGACACGAUCUUUGUGUUCAAAUUCCGGACGCACUUUGGAGGAGGGAAGUCGACCGGCUUCGGUUUGAUCUACGACACCGUGGAGAACGCCAAGAAGUACGAGCCCAAGUAUCGGCUCAUUAGGAAUGGGCUUGCAAAAAAGGUAGAAAAAUCAAGGAAGCAGAUGAAGGAAAGGAAGAACAGGGCGAAGAAGGUCCGCGGUGUUAAGAAGACAAAGGCUGGAGAUGCUGCCAAGGCUGGAAAGAAGAAAUGAGGUUCUAACUCUCGGGAAAUUAAUUUGACCAAAGUUGGUACCGCAAAUAAAGAGCUCGAUCGGAUUGAGGUAGACGUGCACUCUUUUUGUCGGUGUGGUUCACAACGUAUCAUACUGGUUUUAGAGAUCUCGUUGAUCUGAGCGUCAGCUCCUUUGUAUUGCUAGUUCAUCCUUUUGUAUUCUCCCAAGUGUGAUGUUCGAAGACAUUACAAAUGUAUUUUAAUUCCUGUUUCCUUGUGCUA